GGUGGUAGGCACGUUGAUUACGUGGUGGAUCAGGUUGUGGGCAAACUGAUAGAAGUGGUGAAAAAGAAGAAUAAAGCUGGAGUUUCAGUGAAACCAUUUCAGGUAAAGAAUCAUAUAUGGGUUUUUGUUAAUUGUUUGAUUGAGAACCCAUCAUUUGAUUCCCAGACAAAGGAAAAUAUGACAUUGCAGCCUAAAAGUUUUGGGUCCAAGUGCCAGCUAUCUGAGAAAUUUUUUAAAGCAGCCUCUAACUGUGGUAUCAUAGAGAGUAUUUUGAAUUGGGUCAAAUUCAAGGCACAAACUCAGCUGAACAAAAAAUGUUCAUCGGUGAAACACAGUAAAAUCAAGGGCAUUCCAAAGCUGGAUGAUGCUAAUGAUGCUGGUGGCAAACAUUCCUUGGACUGCACAUUAAUAUUAACAGAAGGAGACUCUGCCAAAUCUUUAGCUGUCUCUGGCUUAGGUGUUAUUGGUAGAGACAGGUAUGGAGUAUUCCCACUAAGGGGUAAAAUUCUCAAUGUUCGAGAAGCUUCUCACAAACAGAUUAUGGAAAACGCAGAAAUCAACAACAUCAUCAAAAUAGUUGGACUACAAUACAAGAAAAGCUAUGAAGAUCCAGAAUCUCUGAAAAGUUUGAGAUAUGGAAAAAUUAUGAUCAUGACAGAUCAGGAUCAGGAUGGAUCUCACAUAAAAGGCUUGUUGAUCAAUUUUAUUCAUCACAAUUGGCCAUCACUGUUGAAACAUGGUUUUCUUGAGGAAUUCAUCACUCCUAUUGUAAAGGCAAGCAAAAAUAAGCAAGAACUUUCGUUCUAUAGUAUUCCUGAAUUUGACGAGUGGAAGAAACAUAUGGAGAAUCAUAAAGCAUGGAAGAUAAAAUACUACAAAGGUUUGGGUACCAGCACUGCUAAAGAAGCAAAAGAAUAUUUUGCUGACAUGGAAAGACAUCGGAUCUUAUUUCGAUAUGCUGGUCCUGAAGAUGAUGCUGCCAUUACACUGGCCUUCAGUAAGAAGAAGAUUGAUGAUCGAAAGGAGUGGUUAACAAACUUCAUGGAGGACAGGCGACAGCGUCGGCUACAUGGCCUUCCCGAGCAAUUUUUAUAUGGUACAGCAACAAAACAUUUGACUUACAAUGAUUUCAUUAACAAGGAGUUGAUCCUUUUCUCAAAUUCUGACAACGAGAGAUCUAUCCCUUCCCUUGUUGAUGGUUUAAAACCAGGGCAACGCAAAGUUUUAUUCACUUGCUUUAAGAGAAAUGAUAAACGUGAAGUAAAGGUUGCUCAGCUGGCUGGUUCUGUUGCUGAAAUGUCAGCUUAUCACCAUGGGGAGCAAGCGUUAAUGAUGACUAUUGUCAACUUGGCUCAGAACUUUGUUGGAAGUAACAAUGUUAAUCUGCUACAACCUAUUGGUCAGUUUGGUACCAGGCUUCAUGGUGGAAAGGAUGCUGCGAGCCCUCGCUAUAUUUUCACCAUGUUAAGCCCUUUAGCAAGGCUGCUUUUUCCAUCAGUGGAUGACAACUUGCUUAAAUUCCUUUAUGAUGACAACCAACGUGUGGAACCUGAAUGGUAUAUUCCCAUCAUUCCUAUGGUUUUAGUAAACGGAGCUGAAGGAAUUGGUACUGGAUGGGCCUGCAAACUUCCAAACUACGAUACCAGAGAGAUUGUAAACAAUGUCAGACGAAUGCUGGAUGGCUUAGAUCCCCACCCAAUGCUUCCAAACUACAAAAACUUCAAAGGAACCAUUCAGGAACUUGGUCAAAACCAGUAUGUAGUCAGUGGUGAAAUAUUUGUGGUUGACAGGAACACAGUAGAAAUUACAGAGCUUCCUGUAAGGACAUGGACUCAGGUGUACAAAGAACAGGUUCUAGAACCUAUGUUGAAUGGGACUGAAAAAACUCCAGCAUUAAUUUCUGACUAUAAGGAAUACCACACUGAUACGACUGUGAAAUUUGUUGUGAAGAUGACAGAAGAAAAACUUGCACAGGCAGAAGCUGCUGGAUUGCACAAAGUCUUUAAGCUUCAAACAAGUCUUACUUGUAAUUCUAUGGUGCUAUUUGAUCAUAUGGGAUGUUUGAAGAAGUAUGAAACUGUGCAAGACAUCUUGAAGGAGUUCUUUGAUUUGCGAUUACAUUAUUAUAGUUUACGCAAGGAAUGGCUUGUGGGAAUGUUGGGGGCAGAAUCUACCAAGCUUAACAAUCAAGCUCGUUUUGUUCUAGAGAAGAUACAAGGGAAAAUUACCAUAGAGAACAGAUCAAAAAGAGAUUUGAUUCAGAUGUUGGUCCAGAGAGGUUAUGAAUCUGAUCCAGUAAAAGCCUGGAAAGAAGCACAGGAAAAGGCAGCAGAAGAGGAGGACCCACAGAACCCGAAUGAUGAUGCUUCCUCUGCUUCUGGCUCAACUUCUGGCCCUGACUUUAACUAUAUCUUAAACAUGUCUCUGUGGUCACUCACAAAAGAGAAAGUAGAAGAGUUAAUUAAGCAGAGAGAUUCAAAGGAGAGAGACCUAAAUGACCUUAAAAGGAAAUCUUCUUCAGAUCUCUGGAAAGAAGAUCUAGCGGCCUUUGUUGAAGAGCUUGAAAAAGUAGAAGCACAGGAAAGAGAAGAUGUUUUGGCUGGCAUGGUUGGCAAACCAAUAAAAGGCAAAGUUGGUAAACCCAAGAUGAAGAAACUUCAGUUGGAAGAGACCAUGCCAUCACCAUUUGGCAGAAGAAUAGUUCCACAGAUUACAUCAGCCAUGAAAGCUGAUGCCAGUAGGAAACUGCUGAAAAAGAAAAAGGGUGAAACUGAUUCUCUAGCAAUAAAAAUGGAAUUUGAUGAAGAAUUUGGUGGUGUGCCAGCUGAGGGUGGUGGGGAUGACUCAAUGAAUACAUCAGCCACAGCUAAAACCCCUAAACCUAAGAGAGAGAAGAAGGAGCCUGGUACUAGGGUAAGAAGAACACCAUCAUCUACAAAAUCCAGUGCAAAAAAAGUGAAGAAACGAAACCCAUGGUCAGAUGAUGAAUCCAAGUCUGAAAGUGAUUUAGAAGAGAAUGAGCCUGUGAUUAUUCCAAGAGACUCUCUGCUUAGGAGAGCUGCAGCUGAGAGGCCCAAGUAUACUUUCGACUUCUCAGAAGAGGAGGAUGAUGGUGAUGAUGAUGAUGAUGCCAACAAUAAUAAUGAUUUGGAUGAGCUCAAAGUAAAAGCCUCUCCAGUUACAAAUGACAGAGAGGAUGAGUUUGUUCCCUCAGACAGUUUAGAAAAAGAUGAAUAUGACUUCUCCCCAGCCAAAUCAAAGCCGUCUCCAGAAAAAAUGUCUCAAGACAAGAAAAAUCAAGAUUUUGGGAACAUCUUCUCUUUUCCAUCUUACUCUCAGAAGACAGAUGAUGAUACAGCAAAAUUGGACAGUGACGAAGAGGAUUCUGCUCCUGUUUUCUCAUCAUCUUUUGCCCCAAAACAAACAGAGAAAAUUCCAAGUAAAACAGUAGCUGCUAAAAAGGCAAAACUAGAUGCGCCCCCUAAACCUAAAAGAGCUCCCAAGGCCAAGAAGGUGGAAACUGUAAACUCUGACUCAGAUUCAGAAUUUGGCAUUCCAAAGAAGACUGCAGCACCCAAAGGAAAAGGUAGAGGGGCAAAGAAAAGGAAAACAUCCAGUUCAGAAAAUGAAGGUGAAUACAACCCUGGGAGGAAAACACCUAAAUCAACACCAAGCAAGAAAUCCAAGAAGGCCGCUUUUGACCAGGAUUCUGAUGUGGAAAUCUUUCAGUCAGGCUUUGCCUCCGAAACUGCCCCAAAGCCACGGACAGGCCGGGCUAGAAAAGAAGUUAAAUAUUUUGCAGAGUCUGAUGAAGAUGAUGAUUUUGAUAUGUUUAAUUAAGUGCCCAAAGAGCACACAAAUGUUUUCCAACAACUAUCUUGUGUUGUCCUUUUGUCCCUUCUGUCGCAAACUUUUGUACAUUUGACUUAUUUUAUGUGAUAAUGUAAUUGAUGGUUUUUAUUAUUGUGUGUAGGCAUUUUAACAUUUUGUUCUUACACCUACAGUUUUAUGCUCUUUUUUACUCAUUGAAAUGUCAUGUAUUUGUCUGACUGGCUUGUAGAGAUGUUCUAGACAGCUGUGCUAAAGCACAUUUUAAUUGUCAUGGUUGCAACCAGCAAACCUGCUUUUUGAAAUGAAGUUUAAACAUUAAAAAAUGGAAAACUA